AUGGUGUUUGAGAAAGAUGAAGCAAGCUCAUCCUCCGCCCACCUCCCGAGAGAAAACUCCCCACUUCUCACCGAAACCCAUCGACUCUCCUCCCAACCCAAGACCUUCGCCAAUGUUUUCAUCGCCAUAGUCGGCUCAGGCGUCCUCGGUCUCCCCUACACCUUCAAGAGAACCGGUUGGGUCAUGGGCCUCCUCAUGCUCUUCUCCGUCGCCUACCUUACAUACCACUGCAUGAUGCUCCUCGUUCACACUCGCCGGAGACUCGAAACCCACCUCAAUCUGGCCAAAAUCACCUCCUUUGGCGACCUCGGCUUCGCCGUCUGUGGAUCCAUCGGCCGAUUUUCCGUCGACGCCAUGAUUGUUCUCUCCCAAGCUGGGUUCUGCGUGAGCUACAUGAUUUUCAUGGCCACUACCUUGGCAAAUAUAAUCAAUUAUUCUCCAUCAAAUCCAAACCCCAAAAUCAUGGGUUUAUCCCCAAAAAUUGUGUAUAUCUGGAGUAUAUUUCCAUUCCAACUGGGUUUGAAUUCGAUUCCAACACUGACCCAUUUGGCUUCUCUGAGCAUUUUCGCAGAUGUGGUGGAUAUUGGAUCUAUGGUUGUUGUUAUGGUGGAAGAUGUUAUGACUUUUCUCAAGAACAGGCCUGUUUUGCACGCAUUUGGAGGGUUGAAUGUUUUUAUUUAUGGUCUUGGGGUGGCUGUUUAUGCUUUUGAAGGGGUUGGAAUGGUUUUGCCUUUGGAAUCAGAGAUGAAACAGAAGAACAAGUUUGGGAAAAUCUUGGGUUUGUCAAUGGCUUUCAUUUCUCUAAUGUAUGGGGGAUUUGGAGUUCUGGGUUACUUUGCUUUUGGUGAGGACACCAAGGAUAUAAUCACUACCAAUUUUGGGCAUGGCUUUGUGAGUGUUUUGGUUCAGAUUGGCCUGUGUAUAAACUUGUUCUUCACUGUUCCAUUGAUGAUGAACCCGGUUUAUGAGGUGGUGGAGAGGAGGUUUUGUGAUGGAAGAUACUGUCUGUGGCUGAGGUGGGUAAUGGUUUUGGGGGUGAGUUUGGUGGCACUUUUGGUACCUAAUUUUGCAGAUUUCUUGUCUCUGGUGGGCAGUAGUGUUUGCGUUGUUUUGGGGUUUGUGUUGCCUGCUUUGUUUCACUUGAUGGUGUACAAGGAAGUUUUGGGUUGGUAUGGGUUGGGUUUGGAUGGGAUAAUUAUUGUGUUUGGUGUGGUUUUUGCAAUAUCUGGAAGUUGGUCUUCCUUGUUGGAGAUAUUUUCAGACAAGGCAUGA